AUGCUACUUUUCACCAGAGGGUUCCAUGUGGGUACUAGGUCUCUUGCGAGAGCCAAGCCCUUGAAGUUUGGCCCGACUUCCAGCAUCAAGCUCAGAGAACCCAUCGUUCCCACCCACAAGAAUUUCGAUGUUUCCCCAGAUCAUCCAUUAUGGGCAUUCUUUCCCAAAGGUAAUGAGACAGAAUACUCUCUUAGAGAGCCUGGCGAGGAAAUAAAAGACUGCCGUGCUUGGACCAUGGCUGAGUUACGCAGAAAGUCUUUCGACGACUUGCACAAGAUUUGGUACUUAACAUUGAAGGAAAGAAACAUGUUGGGCAGAGAGACCUUUUACGUACACCACAUAUCGUAUGGCGUCAAAUUUACCGAAGUCGAUCAGAUGCUCAAGUUGACGCAAAAGAGGAUCAAGCAGGUCUUGCUCGAAAGGCAAACUGCCAUGGAAAGAGCACAGACGAUGACCGAAGAAAUCUCUGAGUACUUAAAAGAGUUUGAGGAAGCUUAUGUUAAUGCCACAGGAGACCUAAUCCCAAGUUUCAAUGACAAAUUGGUCCGUUUGCAAUAUGCGAUUUUUGGCAUUGAACCUUCUCUCGAAGAAUACGAUUUGGAAAGAGAUAUCAAUGUCAAGUUCGUCGAGGGCCUCAGCUUCGUUGCCAACGUGAAGGUAAAGAGAUACCUAAAGAACCACGACUCUGAUGCUCUCGAGUUGCCUCUCAAUGGCGUCAUGGAAGAAUUGCCGUUCUUAUUGCGUGACACAAAGGAUGCUAUUGAAGAAGUCAAGACGCUAAGGGAGUCUGGCAACAGUGUCAAGCUCGACAAGAUUGAUGUGUUCCCAUUCUUGAGAAAUGCAUUGUCGAAAGCCAUGGAACCAGAGGCUGUCGACCUACAAAACUAG